AUUAGAACUAAGACAAAAUCUGGAGCAUAGCUGGUGAAGAAAGAACCUGCCCACAGCAGACCCGGGAAACAGCCUUCUGAUGGAAAAGCAACCUGCAGACAGAACACAGAGAGGACCCAUCUUCAAAGAAAUGGAAUUAGAAGAUAUCACCAGCAAAAUUUCUGAACUUGAUACGUGGAGAUCAAUAUUCAGUUCCCAAGGGUUGGAGAUCAGCAGACCUGGAAUAAAGACUAUCCAGGAUAACCAUAAAGGAGACGAAGAGAAUGAAGACAGAUCUAAGACCUCAAGCAGCAAGAAGCAUGGCACCUCUCCUGGCAGUGUACUAUAUUCUAUCCCAAGAGAACUGAUAAUCUCUUCAGACCUUGGUGGCCAGCCUAUCACAAUUGAAAUGGCAAUGGAGUUGAGAAAAAUUCUGUUUGGAAACACAUUUCAAACAUUUAACUAUGAGUGGAAGAAAUCAUUUUUCAAAUUCAGAGAAGCAUUUUCAACCCUGCCAUAUGCACUGGAAGCAGAAAAGGGAGGAACAAGAGCAAUUCAGAUGGUGGUGCAAGCGCACAUUAUUAAGUACUUGCAGUUUACAAAGAAAGAUCAAGAACAAAGCUCCUUCAAGAGUUUAUCUGAAAUAAGCCAAAAACAACAAGAAAAGGCCCUAGCAGCAUCUCUUGCUGAUAUUCUUUGGACUACAGGAGCCAUGAAGAAAGCUAUAGUCUGCCUCAUCACCAAUGAAUCCUAUUUCUCAGAAAGUCCAAACUACAAAACUGAUAAUUUUACGGAAAGGCUCCACUUGUUUGAAUUUGUGGAAAAAGACAAGAUGGAGAAAUUCCUUUGUGCACACAUACAUUGUUUCAAAAAUGAAGGAAGUCAUGGAGUAAUAUUGUUUCUGUACAGUGUGCUUUUCUCCCGGACAAUUUUGAGCGUUCACCAUGACUUAGACCAAACAACAGCCCAUCUCUUGCAUUUUUCUCUGGGGAACUACACAGUAAGACAGGCUGUGUUAAACCUGAUUUUAACAGGAAGAGCAAGCCCCCAUGUCUUUAAUGGGGACCAAAUCCUGGAAGAACAAAAGCAGGAGCAGAAACUUCAUGGAGUCCUAGCACGCAGUGAUGUAGGCUACUUAUACUGGAGCAGAGAUGAAAUGGAACAGGGCAAACUUCCCAAGGUGGGAAGCAUGCUAAAGACUCCAAAAUAUCCUAUUUGGCUGUGUAAUAUAAAUGGAACAUACAGCGUCCUGUUUGGAACAAACACGUCUCUCUUAUGUGACUGGAAAAUGGAACAUGUAUUUGACCUUUAUUUCUACAGUGGGCAACUUUCUCAGACCAAAACCGUGCGUUUGACAAUAGACACCCACUCACAUCCAUGGGAAGGACGUUAUAAAACAGAAGGGGGUGAUCAUGAGAAGAGAUUUCCCUCGCUUGAAAUGACAGUCAGAACCAAAUGGGAAGGAGCAGCUAUUAACUGGAAUGGGGCUGUACCAUUUUUCUAAAG